AUGGCUUCAAGCUCCCCCCAGAGCCAGCAGGAGGAAGGAGGAGGAAGAGGAGGGUCUCCUGAGGAGGAGGAGACCCAUCCCCUGCCACUAAAGUUCCCUUCCUACCUGGGAGCCCUGAGUAGGAGGGAAAUGGUGGAGUUGUACUGCGACUGCAUCCUCCAGGGCUGCCAGGCAGAAGAUGCCAGAAGGACAAUGGGUAACUAUAUUUUGGAAAAAAUGAAGAUGAAGGAAAAAUGGCUUGGCAUUUGGGAGACCAAUCCAGACACUUUUUUUACCAGUUCUGAAGAAAUCCCCGUACCAAAUGUUGGUGUGCUUGUUGAGGUUACUUGCAAAGUGUUCGAGUAUUUCUGUCCUAACAGGAAGGUUUCUGUCUCUAUUGCUGAGCCUUUCUCCUCCAAUAUUGCCAAUAUUCCAAGAGCUUUCAUUGAUAAUUUUCUGGAAAAAAAGGAUCAUUAUGUGCCUCUUUCGGAAAUCUAUCCUGUUCAGGGGCAAGAUAGUGCCGUGUCUGACAUAGCCAAGGCUUUGGAAAUUGUGAGGUUUUUCUAUGACUUCCUUUGGAGAGAAUGGGAUGAUGAUGAAAAUAGUGAAACUUAUGCUGCACGGAUAGAAGAGAGAAUUAAGAUCUGGUGUGAUAUCAACAAUGGGAGUAUUCCUGCUCCAUUUGCUCAUCGGUUUAGAAGAAAUCUGGAAAAAUGCAAGAGCAAGCAUUUUGAAAUGAUUUAUUACCCAAAUCAUAUUGAGGAAGUCCCCACGCGAGAAGAAAACAUUGAAUAUUUUAAAAAAUAUUUUGAAGUAAGAAUGUUACGUGGAUUAUUAAAAAUAUGGGAAGACUUACGUCUAAGGGUUCAUGGACCUCUUUUCCGAAGAAUACUGAAACGAAGGAAAGGAUACAGAGAAGACAGAAAACCUAUAACGUAUAUUGUUGCAAAAACAGUGACAGUGGAAAUGUAUGUCCAGGUUAAAGACUUCUCUUCCAAUGCAUUUAUUGAACAAUGUGAUAACUUAAACUCAGCUUUGGACAGUUGUUACAGUGGAGAUCAUAUCCUUAUCUUCCCUGGAGAAUAUAAGGCAGCAAGACUUUCAAUGUUAACUGAAGAUAUUAUUAUUAAAGGAGCUGGAAGACCAGAGGAAAUUAUAAUUACUUCAGAGCUUCAUCAUGAGAGCUUUGUAGUAUCCAGGGCCCAAAAUGUGAAAUUAACGAAUAUUACCUUAAUACAACAAGGGACUCUUGACGGUAUUGUAGUCGUAGAAUCUGGACACACAGCUUUGGAGAAUUGUGUACUGAAGUGUCAAGGAACUGGCAUCUGUGUAUUUGCUGGAGCUUCUUUGACAGUUAUAAACAGCGAGAUUACUGGAGCUGAGGGUGCUGGAAUUGAGUUAUAUCCAGGAAGCACAGCGAUUUUGGAGGGUAAUAACAUUCACCACUGCAAUAACUUUAGAACCUGUGACCCCUCCGGCGGUAAUCUUGGUGGCAUUAAUAUUAAGGUCCUUCCACUUCCUAAACUAAGGAUGAAAAACAAUCAUAUUCACAGUAACAAUGGCUAUGGAGUGACUAUUAUGAAGCCUUGUGAAGAGUUUUCUGCGACAACGGAAGGAACAGUGGCAUGUGCUGCAGCAGGAGAUGGAGAAGAGUCUCUUUCCAAAUUAAUGCAGGAGCUGAGCCUUGACAUGAGCACUAAUAUACUAGAAGAGAACGCUAAAGCCAUCACCAUCAUUAACUAAAGUUGCAGGUUGCACAUGAUUUCUGAAGUUUGCUUUGAUAUAUUUGGAAAACCUACUUCAUUAAAAGACACUACUAAUGUUUAUUGCUUUAUUAGAACACUAAUGAAUAAGAAUAAUUAUAUGUAAUUUCGUUUAACUAACCUCUCAAGAUGUGGGUGUAAUAUAGAUAAAAAGGAGAGAAAACAUGAAAGGGUCAAAAAUUUCUUUCAGGAUAGAUUACCUUUUAUGAAUGCUGGAAACUGAAUUAGAAAAUAAACUUGGCAAAAUAUUAUUUUAUUUAAUAAUAUGGGUUCACCUUUGCUCAAGCUUGGAAGAAGAAAGAUAUACCUAGAAAAGAGGAUUAAAUGCUAAAACUUUAUGAUAUGAUAAAAGCAAACAAACUAACCCAAUGUUUGAGAGUCAAUACACUAGACAAAUUUGACAAGGAUUGAGGAAACGUACUGAAUUUUUGAGAGAGCAAUGGGGAGAAAAAGCAGUCAUAGGAUUGACGUAGAGUAUAGAUAUACGUUACAGAAUAUAUAUAUAUAACAGAGAGUAAGCAUAAAAAUUUAAUUAGUUAGGGUUUAAUGGGAUUAUAGUACUGUUAAGAGAAAGAUAGUAAGAAAAUAUAAUAACUGGGUCUAUGGUAUUAAAUCUAGGAAGUAAAAGAAAGUCACUUCAUAUAACAAAUGCAAGAUCAAAUCGACAGUGAAGAAGUUUUCAGGAGAGAAUGGAAAGACAGUUUGUCAAGAAGUCGGUUUAGAUUGAAUGUUAAUAAUAACCAGGUAAAUAGUUACAGUAAUUUGAUAGGUAUGGGAAAGAAAUAAGAGGGUAAAAAAGUUAAAGAUGGAAAGGGCAUGUAGGAGAUAUGUGCAAGUAAAAUGAGGAAGGAAAGAAAUGAAGUGAGAGAGAAGAAGUAUGAGAUUUAAGGAUGAAAAGGGGAGUAGUGAAGAAGGGAGGGAGAAGUGAGGUUAGAUGGGAGGAUUAUGGGAAGAGAUUGAGGAUAACAGGGAGAAAGGAAGUGGAAAUGGAAAUGUAUGGAAGGGCUUUGGGGUAGAGGAGACUGUGAACCUUCCAUUAACAGAAAAGUAAAUGUAGUAACAAAUGUUUUAAUGUAUGUGUAAUGUAUGUGAUUUUAUUGUAUGUGUAGAUAGGGAAAUUAAUAAAACUUUACUAAAAAAAUAUUUCAGGAUAAGAAUGUACCAACUAAGAGUAAGUGGAAGUACAUUCCUUUGCACUUUGGUUUUUUUAAAUUUUAUCUAUCAAAAAUGCAAUAAAUAAUGUAUUAUAUAAAAAAGA